AUGUCUUCUUACAAUAGUGCUGCAACACUGGCUCAACCUUCCAUCAUUGCUGAAAGAAUUGAUCACGUCUAUACCGUAGGCCAAAAUCAUGCGACUCAAAUAUCGGAUCCAUACUUUUGGUUGCGUGAGAGAGAAAAUCCGAAAGUGAGAGAAUAUUUGGAAAGCGAGAAUGAAUAUCAACAGACAGUGCUAAAACACACAGAAGAGUUGCAAGAAAAGUUAUUUUACGAAAUCAAGAACCGUAUUAAACAAACAGAUAAUACUGUUCCUUACAGAAUGAAAGAUUACGUGUAUUAUUCAAAGACAGAAGAUGGCAAGCAAUUUUCAAUUUAUUGCAGAAAACCAAUCAUCAAUGAAAAUGAGAAUGGUGAAGAGCAAGUCUUGUUAGAUUUGAAUGAAUUGGCUGAAGAAUUAAAAACCAAUUUUGUGAAUUUAGGAAUUUACAAAGUGUCUCCCUCGCAAGAUUUAUUGGCCUACUCGAUUGAUACAGAUGGUUCUGAGUAUUAUGACUUGUAUGUGAAAAACUUGAACACUGGCAAGUUAUUGAGAGAUCGUAUUGAUAAGAGCUCAAAAAUUGCAAGAUCCUUUGAAUUUAGUGCUGAUUCAAGAACUGUGGUUUUCACUGUGUAUGAUGAUACUCAUAGACCGUUCAAAGUUUUCAGAACUAAGCUUGACAUUGAUACCUAUGUUGACGAGAGAUUACAAUGCAAACCAAUUGAACUCGACACUUGUGAGCUCUUGUACACUGAUGACGAUGAAAAGUUUUUCGUUUCUGUCAGAAAGACACUCUCUGAGAAAUAUGUAUUUAUUGAUUCCUCUUCAAACAUUACAUCGGAAUGUCAUUACUUGGAAGCUAAUGAUUUAGCAACUGGAACUUUUAAAUUAUUUGGAAAUCAGCCAAGAAAAACUGGCUUGGAGUUUUCUGUCACUCAUCAAGGCGACUAUUUUUACAUUGUUCACAAUGAAGGAACCAAUGUAAACUUUAAGGUGACCAGAACUCCAAUCCAGAAUCCAAUAUUUGACACUGCCGAAGACUUUGUCCCAUACAAUGAAAAGUUUUAUUGUGAGGCAUUGUUGGCCUUUAACAAGCAUUUGGCACUUUUUGGACGAAGCGGAGGAGUUCCAAAACUUGUCAUUCUCGAUCCAGAGCGCAAGACGGCACCCCGUGAAGUUGAAUUUCCAGAACCAUCCUAUGAUUUGAGUCCUAGUCACAACAGAGAGUACGACACUGUGAAAGUGAGAAUUUCAUAUUCCUCGUUUUUAACACCACCAACCGUGUAUGACUAUGACAUGGAAAAUGACAAACUCAUUGUACUCAAACAAGAUGAAGUUCUUGGUGGUUAUGACAAGACAUUGUACAAGCAAGAAAAAAUUUCAGCAAAAUCCAGUGAUGGAGUGACCGAAAUUCCAAUUUCUAUUGUGUAUAAGAAGAGAUCCGAACAAAAUCCUAUUGUUCUUGAUGGAGAAAAUCCACUUCUCUUGUAUGCAUAUGGAUCAUAUGGAGCUUGUAUUGAUGCGUACUUUUCUUAUGCAUUAUUUAGUUUGUUGGAUAGAGGAUUUAUUUAUGCACUUGCUGCAAUUAGAGGAGGAGCUGAGAAUGGCAGAAAUUGGUACUUGGAUGGUAAAUUACUCAAGAAAAAGAACACAUUUAACGACUUUGUUGACUGUGCAGAGUAUUUAAUUCAUGCCAAAUACACAAAGCCUGAAAAAUUAGCCAUUUAUGGAGGUUCAGCAGGAGGCCUGUUGAUUGGAGCAACUGUGAAUAUGAGACCAGAGUUAUUUAAGGCUGCAAUUCUUCAAGUACCAUUUGUGGAUGUCAUCAAUACCAUGUCUGAUGCUUCAUUGCCACUCACAGUCACUGAGUACGAAGAAUGGGGUUGUCCACUGGACAAGGAGUACUUUGAUUACAUGAAAUCGUACUCGCCUUAUGACAAUAUUGAGAAUGAUGAAAAUAUUGACAAGCCAUAUCCUAGCGUUUUGAUUGAUCAAUCUUUUAAUGACACUCGUGUGAAUUAUUGGGAAGGUGCCAAAUACGUUGCACGCUUGAGACAUUUCUUUGCCACCAAAAAGAGUAACCAAAAUACAAAUAUCAUCUUGUGUAAGACCAAUAUGGCACAAGGUCACUCUGGAAGCGCAGGAAGAUAUGAUCGAUAUAAGGAAACAGCAUUCAGAUAUGCUUUCUUAAUUGACCAGCUUAUUGGAAAAAUGGAAUAA